CGCUAAAAAUGUAUUCAAGGCACGAAGAGACGUAUUCCGACUGGAACGUAUGGUCUCAACGAGGGAAGUAUACUCGGACGAUCUCUACCAAAUGUAACCGUCUUUGCCGAUUCGUGCCAAGGGCGAUAAAAAUCGACCGGUAGCCGAGUAGGCGCGAUCACUCUUUGUGUGGAUUGAGUCAUAACAUAAGCCUCUGUAUAUAUAUAUACAUGCUUUUAUAUACUUACGUAUAUGUAUAGGUAAAUACAUUGCACCUGUGAUUCUCAAGCAAAAGAAUGCGCCAAAUAUCUCAUACGCGUGAUGUUGACUAUAUACGAAUAUCUAUUUAAUUAAGAAAAAAGAAAAAAAAAAAAAAGAAAGAAAAAUAUGGUUACGAUUGUUACUCUUAAAAGUGAACGUUUUCACUGGGAAUGAUAUUAAUGUCUACUUAAAAAAAAAAAAAAAAAAAAAAAAAAAAAAAAAAAAAACGAACUUUAGAAAGGAUCAGGGCAAAUUGAAUUUGAGUUAUGUCAUACAAACUCCAAUUAUUUGCUUGAUUCUGAAAAGUGAACUUUCUCGUCAAGGUUGUACAAUUAUGAACGAUUGAAAAAAUAGCAAGGAAACGAUAUGGAUUAUUGCGGAAGAAAACUUGCAUAUCCGUGAGACAUACCAUUCGAUAGGUUUUCUGUUCUACCACAUAUAUAAAUAUUUAUCUAAUGUCAUAAAACAAAACGAGUUAUCCUUAUUAAAGAUUAUGAAAACCAUGCGGUUAACUACAUCACCAUUAAAUUUCUUGUAAGUAAAAACUAUCUUAGGAUAUGUGAUUGAAUAUAUUACGUUAAAUGAAAAAUGUAUACGAUCUCUCAAUUUUCAUCAUUUCUUUUCUAAUUCUCUGAGAGAUUUUUCCAUAUAUUUUAAUUUACAUAUAAACUUUCUCGAGCGUCGGGUUAUAUAGAAAACAGUAAAAAAGAAAAGAAAAUAUUGCGAUAUUGUCUAGACUGUUUCAAGAAAAUGACUCAUACGGAUCCAGAAGUUAAAAGAGUAUCUCACGAUGAGGGUCGCUCCAAAUGUUGUUAAGAGAAUCCUUCUUCGUCGAAAGGAUCAAAAAGAAAGAAAAAAAAAAGGAAAAAAAAAAAAAAAAAAGAAAAAAAGAAGAUGAAACGUUGAAGCACGAGGCUAGUGAGGAUCGUCGUGAAGCGACGACCUUGAAACGUACUCGAGGCACAGAGAGACUCGGGAGAGGUUUCGCCUUGGGUAAUCGGUGCCGCGGACUUAAAAACUAGGCCUGCGCAUAUGGUGACGUCACGAACGAUGCCGCCUCGGUAAAACGUGCCGACUGGAGAAAGGAAUCGCUUGCGAGUAAGAAACUUUGGUGGGGGGUCUGCUUUGGUUAGAGAGGCUUUACGUAUAGAACGAACUGGUAGGCUCAUUCGUUCUUGUUGAAAGGAAAGAGAGAAGAAGAAUAUGAGAAGAGAGAAGGAGAAAGACAGUACACCAGUCUGGUGGUGGCUGGUAAGAACGAAGCAAGUAGACCGGCGACUUUCACCGUGCAGCUAAGAUCGGCUGGUGUCGGUUCGUGGGUUGUUUCUUAACAAACUUGGGCCACGCUCUUGGGCCAAACCACGUUACAAAAAUCCAAGAGAAAAAAAUUAAAAAAAGAAAAAGUAUAGAGAGAAAGAAAAAGAGAGAAAGGUUACAGAUUCUCAAUAUUUUUUUUUUUUUUUUUUUUUUAUAAAACAUCGUGUUAUCUUCAUCUUCGUUGUAUUACACGCCAAAGUGGAAAAAGACUGAUUGCUACGGACAAGGAUUUUCAAGAACCAGCAAGACUUUUUUCAACUUGAUCGGCACGCACGUGAUGUUCUGCACUUAUUGUGCACCCGCAUUGUUAGCUUUCCCAACUUUUUGCUUCACGUUUCUAUCUUAAAGCAACUUGUGAGGUGACUCAAUUCAAUAUUUCGAAACGAUUUUCUUGAUUUUACGUACAAAUGUGUCCUCUUACCUGGUAAUCCAGUUUGUGGAUUCAAAAAAAGUGAAAUAAGGAAAAUGGAUCGUUCUGAUUAUCAUUGAGAAAACGUGAAAUUCUCUUCUUUUCUUUUUUUUCUUUUCUUUUUUUUUUUUUUUUUUUCUUUUUUUUGUUUGUUUUUUCUGGUCACACAAAGAUCCAACAUAUCCUGGGUUUAUCUUUCGUACGAACGAGAUAUGGCAUUAAUUUAGAUCUACUUGAAGAGAGCAAAGAAAAACAACGAUGACAGGGAAACGUCUUUUUUUGGCCCGUUUCUUCAAACGGUUACGUUUGUUUCUCUGGGCACUCUGGAUCGUGUUACUCGUUGAAACCGGAGCAUUUCACAAUGGUGCGGAAAAACAAAGAUACGAUGGAUGGUACAACAACUUGGCUCAUCCUAAUUGGGGAUCGAUCGGUAGUAGGCUGAUACGAAAAGUACCUGCAGCUUAUUCCGAUGGUGUCUAUGCAUUGGCUGGUCAAGAUAGACCCUCGCCAAGAAAGCUAAGCGAUCUCUUUAUGCAAGGAGAUGAAGGUUUACCCUCCGUUAAAAAUCUGACUGCUUUGUUUGCUUUUUUCGGACAACUAGUCACGUCGGAAAUAAUCAUGGCCAGCGAAAGUGGUUGUCCUAUAGAGUUCCAUCGUAUCGAUGUGGAUAAAUGCGAUCCGGUUUUCGACAAGGAGUGCCAAGGUAACAAGUACAUUCCUUUUCUACGUGCCGAUUACGACCGCCAAACUGGACGUAGCCCGAACAGUCCUCGCGAACAGAUAAAUAAAGUAACAAGCUGGAUCGAUGGUAGCUUCAUAUACUCCAGUAGCGAAGCAUGGGCGAACACGAUGCGAGCAUUCAAGAACGGAAGUCUCCUCAUGGAACCAAGCAGAAAAUUUCCCGUGAGAAACACCAUGCGCGCUCCACUCUUCAAUCAUGCCGUUCCGCACGUUAUGAGAAUGCUCAGUCCAGAACGGCUUUAUCUACUCGGAGAUCCAAGAACCAAUCAACAUCCACCGUUACUCUCAUUAGGGAUCCUAUUCUAUCGUUGGCAUAACGUUAUAGCAAGUCGUGUACAACGAGAAUAUCCAGAUAUGUCCGACGAAGAAAUCUUUCAGAAAGCACGACGUAUAGUUAUAGGAACUCUACAGAACAUUAUUUUAUAUGAGUAUCUUCCCACGCUCUUGGACGAAGAAUUACCAGCGUAUACCGGCUAUAAAACUGAUCUCCAUCCAGGAAUAAGUCAUAUUUUUCAAAGUGCUGCUUUUCGUUUUGGACAUACUCUUAUACCACCUGGUAUAUACAGACGUGACGAAAGAUGUGAGUUUCGAAAGACUAACGCGGGUCAAGCCGCGAUCAGACUUUGCUCAACUUGGUGGGAUUCGAACGAAAUUUUAGCGAAUAGUACGAUAGAAGAAUUAAUCAUGGGAAUGAGUUCUCAAAUAGCCGAAAAGGAGGAUAAUCUUCUCGGUACAGAUAUACGAAAUAAUCUUUUCGGACCAAUGGAAUUUUCACGAAGAGAUCUCGGUGCUCUUAAUAUUAUGCGUGGUCGCGAUAAUGGAUUACCGGAUUACAAUACUGCCCGAAAACAUUUCAAGUUAACGCCAAGGAAAACAUGGAACGAGAUUAAUCCUGACUUAUUCAACAAAAAUCCAUCUCUACUGCGUACUCUCGUUGAAAUCCAUUCGAACAAUUUAAAUAACGUAGAUGUUUACGUCGGCGGUAUGUUGGAAUCCAGUGAUGGACCCGGGGAACUUUUUACUGCGGUUAUUAAAGAACAAUUUUUACGCUUGAGAGACUCCGAUCGCUUUUGGUUUGAAAAUGAAGAGUCUGGAAUUUUUACGAAAACCGAAAUUGAAGAUAUACGCCGUGUGACGUUAUGGGAUGUGAUCACAAACGCAACCAAUAUUCCGCCGGACACGAUUCAGAAACGAGUAUUCCUUUGGGAGGAAAACGAUCCGUGUCCUCAACCUUUCCAAUUGAACUCAUCUGUACUCGAGCCCUGUUUACCGUUACAACGAUACGACUAUUUCGAAGGUAGCGAAUUCGUCUACAUCUAUGCCUGCGUUUUCCUCGGAUUUUUCCCAAUUUUGUGCGCUGGAGCCGCUUAUGGCUUAGUAAAACUACAGAACCGACGAAGACGUCGUUUACGUAUACUUCAAGAAGAAAUUCAAAGGAGAAGCGAUAACCGAAUUUGUGUCGACAAGAUGGUCGUUCGUGAAUGGCUGCACGCAAAUCAUCGUCGCUUGGUAAAAGUUCGUUUCGGUCCUGAAGCAGCUUUGCAUAUCGUCGAUCGAAAGGGCGAAAAACUUCGUACGUUCGAUUUUAGCGGCGUUAAUACAAUAACCAUAGAAGAGUCUCAGGAGAGCGAAAGCGGGCAUAGAAAGGCGUUGGUAUUGUUACGUAUACCACGUGAUUACGACCUUGUCCUUGAACUCGAUUCCUUGGCCUCGCGCAGAAAGUUCAUUGCGAAAUUGGAAGCGUUCCUGUCGUCCCACAAGAAACAUUGCACGCUUUUCCAAGUUAACCGCGAUGUUAUGCUCGCAAAAGCGGAAACUAAAGAACGUCGACAAAAGAAGCUCGAACAGUUUUUCCGAGAAGCUUACGCGCUGACGUUUGGUCUACGACCUGGGGAAAGGCGACGACGAUCCGAGGAUAGCGAUACAGGCGAGGUUAUUACAGCGAUGCGCACAUCUCUGUCAAAAAGCGAAUUUGCUAGUGCCCUUGGUAUGCGUCCUGAUGCAGUUUUCGUGAAGAAAAUGUUCAAUAUCGUCGACAAAGACGGCGACGGUCGCAUAUCCUUUCAAGAAUUUCUCGAUACCGUGUUACUCUUUUCCCGUGGCAAAACCGAGGACAAAUUGCGUAUUAUUUUUGACAUGUGCGAUAAGGACAGCAAUGGCGUUAUCGAUAAAGAGGAAUUAUCCGAGAUGUUAAGAUCGCUCGUUGAAAUUGCACGUACUACCAGUCUUUCCGAUGAUCAUGUCACCGAACUCAUCGACGGAAUGUUUCAAGACGCUGGUCUUGAAAGGAAGAAUUAUCUUACUUACAAUGAUUUCAAAUUAAUGAUGAAGGAAUACAAAGGUGAUUUUGUUGCAAUUGGAUUGGAUUGUAAAGGGGCGAAACAAAAUUUUUUAGAUAUGUCGACAAAUGUCGCUCGAAUGACAAGCUUUCAGAUCGAUCAGUUGCCACCGGAGGAUUCGAAAAAUUGGGCCCGCAAACAAUGGGACGCGAUAUCGACUUUUCUCGAGGAAAAUAGACAAAAUAUAUUUUAUCUUUUCGUGUUUUACGUUAUCACUAUAGCUCUCUUCGUUGAAAGGUUUAUACAUUAUUCUUUCAUGGCCGAGCAUACGGAUUUGAGACACAUUAUGGGUGUUGGUAUUGCGAUAACGCGAGGAUCGGCAGCAGCUUUAUCAUUUUGUUACAGUCUAUUACUUCUCACGAUGUCUCGUAAUCUAUUGACCAAAUUGAAAGAAUUUUCGAUCCAACAGUAUAUACCAUUGGAUUCGCACAUACAAUUUCACAAAAUAGCCGCAUGCACGGCCCUCUUUUUUUCCAUUUUACAUACGGUCGGACACAUCGUGAAUUUUUAUCACGUAUCGACGCAACCGAUAGCACAUCUCCGUUGCCUCACAAACGAGAUCAGUUUUCCAAGCGAUGCAAAGCCAACUAUUACAUUUUGGCUUUUUCAAACGGUGACAGGCUUAACCGGUAUUCUACUUUUCCUCGUAAUGACGAUCAUUUUUGUUUUUGCACAUCCUACGAUACGACAAAAAGCAUAUAAAUUCUUUUCGUUAACUCACAGCUUGUACGUAUUAUUCUAUGCAUUAUCCUUGAUCCACGGUUUAGCUAGAUUAACUGGCUCUCCAAGAUUUUGGAUUUUCUUCGUUGGCCCGGCGAUCAUCUAUGCUUUGGACAAGGUCGUAAGCUUGAGAACGAAAUACAUGGCUCUUGAUAUAAUUGAGACAGAAUUGCUACCAUCCGAUGUAAUAAAGAUCAAAUUUUACAGACCUCCAAAUCUUAAGUAUCUCUCAGGUCAAUGGGUACGUCUCUCGUGUACAGUCUUUAGAUCGAACGAGUUUCACUCAUUCACCCUCACUUCUGCGCCCCACGAGAACUUCCUUUCGUGUCAUAUUAAAGCCCAAGGUCCAUGGACCUGGAAAUUACGGAACUACUUUGAUCCUUGUAACUAUAAUCCGGAAGACGAGCACCCUAAAAUACGAAUCGAGGGACCAUUUGGAGGUGGAAAUCAAGACUGGUAUAAAUUCGAAGUGGCAGUUAUGGUUGGUGGAGGGAUUGGAGUUACUCCGUAUGCUUCUAUGCUGAAUGAUCUCGUCUUUGGUACUUCCACCAAUAGAUAUUCUGGAGUUGCCUGUAAAAAGGUAUACUUUCUUUGGAUAUGUCCAUCUCACAAACACUUUGAGUGGUUCAUCGAUGUUCUCAGAGAUGUCGAAAGGAAAGACGUAACCGAUGUUCUCGAAAUACAUAUAUUUAUAACUCAGUUUUUUCACAAAUUUGACUUACGUACUACUAUGCUAUAUAUUUGCGAGAAUCAUUUUCAAAGAUUAUCUAAGAAGAGUAUAUUCACUGGACUGAAAGCUAUUAAUCAUUUUGGUCGACCAGAUAUGACCUCGUUUCUAAAGUUUGUUCAAAAGAAACAUAGUUACGUCAGUAAAAUAGGAGUAUUUAGUUGUGGACCACGGCCUUUAACUAAAAGCGUAAUGUCUGCUUGCGACGAGGUGAACAAGGGUCGUAGACUACCAUACUUUAUCCACCAUUUUGAGAACUUUGGCUAGUUAUUGCGAGAAAAGAAUCGGAAAUUCGCUAGGAAUUUCUAGCGAUUCCUUUGUAACUUCCUAAAAAGAGUGUACAUAUUUAUUGUGCUAGUGCGCGUGCCUUAUUUAUAAUUAAUAUUAUAUUUCUUAUUUAUGAAGAGAAAUUA